GCAAUCCCUUUCUUGAGCCAUCUACUUUCAUCGAUCCCCUGUCCAACGGCACUGCCUGCACCCGUGAUCUUCCCUACUUGCAGGAGCUUGGUGUCAAUGCCAUCCGUGCCUAUAGCGUUAACUCAUCAUUGAACCACGAUUCUUGCAUGGAAACGUUCAGUAAUGCUGGUAUUUAUACUAUCAUCGAUCUUUCUCUACCUGGAAAUGGUUCGAUGGACCGCGACGCGCCGUCCUGGACCACCAAUCUACUUGAUUUAUACAUCGAGACCAUCAACGUCUUCUCAAAAUACAACAACGUUCUGGCUUAUAACGUUGGAAAUGAAGUCGUCAUCGCAGCUAACGGCACCGCUGCUGCUACCUUCGUCAAGGCAGCUACUCGUGAUGUAAAAGCAUACCUGUAGGUUAAACCUGAAUCCCCAGAUACAUAGCACUACAAGGGCAUAUAAUAUGAUCAACAGACGUCACUGAGCUCAGCGCUCAGUUCUGGUAUCGGAACAGUCCUACACUAGGCACAGUCGGGGGGUUCGCCCGCCGCUACGGAUUUGGAGCAUACCAGCAACUCACUCUGAUCGGGGGUUUCCACACUUUGCCUCUUGAUUUCAAUCAAAGACCAG